AUGGAGGGCCCACCAAUUCCAAGUUCGUUUACCAGUGCCAUGACACUCACCAGGAUGGGCGAUCCCCACCUCCCAAACCGCUUUGUUCUGCCGCCGUCGCAGAGGCCAAACCCUAGCAUUCCCGCCGCCGCCGCCAUGCCCGUCAUUGACAUUUCUGGUCUGCAUGACCCAGCUCACAGGCCUCACAUAAUCCACCAAGUUGGCUUGGCCUGCAAGGAACUUGGUUUUUUCCAGGUGAUUAACCAUGGCAUUCCUUCAUCAUUGAUGAAGGAUGCGAUGGAUGUCGGGGCGGAGUUCUUCGAGUUGGCAGACGAGGAAAAGAAGCAUCUCGUGUCGGAUGAUGUUCAUCACCCUGUAAGAUAUGGCACAAGCCUGAAUCAUGUCAAGGACAAAGUUCAUUUCUGGAGGGAUUUCAUCAAGCAUUACUCCCAUCCACUCUCCUCUUGGAUCCAUCUCUGGCCAUCCAAUCCACCAACCUACAAGGAGAAGAUGGGUAGCUAUGCAGUGGCAGUGCAGGGGCUGCACAAGCAACUAAUAGGAGCAGUGUUUGACAGCUUAGGGCUAAGGGCUGAUUACUUGGAAGAAGACAUUGAGCAAGGCUCCCAAGUCAUGGCCGUGAACUUCUACCCAGCCUGCCCGGAGCCGGAGCUGACGCUCGGUAUGCCGACCCACUCCGACUACGGAACCCUAACCAUCUUAGCCCAGACCCACCAAGGCCUCCAAAUCAUGGACCAUGCCAAGAGCUGGCAUUCUGUCCCAGCCACAGAACGUGCCCUAGUAGUGCAGCUGGGGGACCAAAUGGAGGUGAUCAACAAUGGGAGAUACAAGAGUGUGCUUCACAGAGCGACUGUGAACUGCGAGAAGAAGAGGCUGUCAAUAGCCAGCCUUCACAGCCUGGCGCUGGAGAAGAAGGUCGGUCCGGCGCCGGAGCUGGUGGAUGACAAGCACAGCUCAGGGUACAAAGAGGCCAGCUUCGGUGGCUUUCUGAAACACAUUUCUGGGAAUGAAUUCACCAAGCUGGGAAGGUACGUAGACACUUUGAAGAUCGAUGAGCCCCCAUGAAGACGAAGUUUAUAUUCCAUAUCAUUUCGAUCAGCACGGACUGUUGGAAAAUAACGUUCAAUCAAAGUCACGUUAUACAAAGCUCUCAUAUUACAUAUAUUGGUUGUAUUUUUGCUAUGUUUUGUUGUAUUGUUUUAUGUGUACAGUUAGUUAAUUAGUUGUUGUUGGCAGGAUACUUGUGUACUUAAAGCUGCAAGCAGCUUUCUUUCUUUCACUCUAAUGAACGAUGUAUUUUUUACAUGGAAAGUGCUAUUGGUACACCUUGGGCUACAUAACGGUGUACCAAUGACAAAAAAGUCUCUCAUGAGGCGCAUAGAGACGCAUGUGAGGCGAGGGAUAUUUUGUUCAUAAUACCCCCUUAUGUAACACAAAAUGUACAAAAUGAUUGUACAUAUAGCAUGAUUCUUUUUACAUUCCCUCUUGUCUCAACAUGGUAUUAAAGCGAAUAGCCCACCUUUUGUUUUCGUGAUCCGAUUCGUGGUUUUUCGGCCAUUUUCCGGUAACCUCAACGGAUCUUGCAUCUUU